UGUGAUUGGACACAAACCCGGAAGUACUUCAUCUCGGAGCGCUCGUCAACACAAACCAACGCGGCUGGAUUUACAAUAAAUGACACAGCUGCCGUAAUUACGACACAUUCACGGGGGAAUCGUGACCUGAUUGACGAACGAAAGUAUCCAGACCUGCAAACCGUCCUGGGUUGGUCUUGUUUAAUCCGGGACUCGUCUCACGUGAAGACAGCGUGAAGACAGAAAACAUGCACAAGCUCACAAGGGCGACGACGCUGGCCUUGAACGGACUUGGCCGGUGCUUUGUGGCAAAACAGCGAGUAUCUGCUAUAAAACUUCCCAGCCGAGGAUUAGUGUGUGCAGAACAUGGGGACGACUCCAGCCAGAAUGAAGUUUAUGAUAUUAUUAUAUCCGGGGGAGGAAUGGUUGGGUCUGCGAUGGCAUGCUCCCUCGGCAUGGAUCCCAACUUGGAGGGUAAGAAGAUUCUACUGCUGGAAGCGGGCAACAAGAAAGUGAUGGACAAGGUCCCAGACACCUACAGCACCAGAGUCAGCUCCAUCAGUCCAGGCUCUGCCACCCUCCUGAGUGGUGUUGGAGUAUGGGAGCACAUCACCAAGAUGAGAUGCAAGCCCUAUAAAAGGAUGCAGGUUUGGGAUGCCUGCUCAGAUGUUCUGAUCACAUUUGAUAAGGAGAACCUGCAGGACGAGAUGGCAUACAUCGUGGAGAACGACAUCGUUGUGGCUGCACUCACUAAACAGCUGGACAGCCUGUCUGAUAACGUGCAAGUCAAGUACAGGUCCAAGGUGGUGAAGUACGCGUGGCCCAAGCCCCACUUGGCAGCUGACUCCAUCCCAUGGGUCAAGGUCACGUUGGCCAGCGGAGAGAGUGUUGAGACCAAGCUGUUGAUUGGUGCAGAUGGAUCAAACUCAAUGGUUCGGCGAGAAUUGGGAAUACCAACAGUCAAGUGGGAUUAUGACCAAUCUGCUGUGGUUGCUGUUCUGCACCUUUCAGAGCCCACAGAGAACAAUGUCGCAUGGCAGAGGUUUCUCCCAUCAGGGCCCAUUGCAAUGUUACCGCUGUCGGACACAGAGAGCUCUCUGGUGUGGUCAACCAGCCAUCGGCUGGCAGAGGAGCUGCUGGAGAUGGAUGAGGAGAGCUUUGUCGACGCUAUCAACUCUGCCUUUUGGAGUAAUGAGAACCAGUCGGAGCUGAUCGAGACGGCUGGCUCUCUGUUCCGCAGCGCCCUGUCGGCCAUCAUGCCAUCUGCAGGUUCACCUCGACAGCUUCCCCCAAGUGUGGCAGGGAUCGGCCCAAAGUCCAGGGUCAUGUUUCCUCUGGGCAUCGGUCAUGCAUCAGAAUACAUCAGGCACCGUGUAGCCCUUAUUGGGGAUGCAGCCCAUCGUGUCCAUCCUCUGGCGGGUCAGGGAGUCAACCUGGGCUUUGGGGAUGUGGCUUGCCUCACUCAUCUCCUGAGUCAGGCAGCCUUUGACGGGAAGGACCUGGGAGCAAUACAGCACCUGUUGGAAUAUGAAACUGAACGCCAGCGGCACAAUCUGCCCAUGAUGGCUGCCAUUGACCUCAUGAAACGUCUUUACUCCACUAACGCCGCUCCUGUUGUUCUCCUACGCACCUUCGGUCUGCAGGCCACCAACAUGGUCCCAGCGCUAAAGGAGCAGAUCGUAGCAUUUGCAAGCAAGUGAUGCAUUCGUCGUGCUAGGUCGCUGGUGGAU